AUGAUCCAUGGACCUGCAUCAACGGAAAAUGCGCCGCCGAUCCCGAUUUGGAAGACGCAGAGCCUUGCACCUGGGAAGGACACUGCCUCGGCGACUCUUGCAGCGGCGAGGACUCAUGCGAUAAUAACUGGGCCUGCAUUAGUGGAAAAUGUGCCGUCGAUCCCGAACUGGAGGACGAAGAGCCUUGCACCUGGGAAGGACACUGUCUCGGCGACUCUUGCAGCGGUGAGGGCUCAUGCGACAACAACUGGACCUGCAUCAGUGGAAAGUGUGCCGUCGAUCCCGAACUGGAUGAGUGAUCGUUGA